UGGUUUUGCUGCCAUGGAGCGACAUAUGUCCACUGAAGAAAUGGCUACCGAGCAUAUGAAUGGAAAUGGUACGGAAGAGCCGAUGGAUACUUCCACUACCGUUGUUCGAUCAGAACACUAUCAAACUUUACUAAGUGCUGGUUUACCAAAGAAAGUUGCGGACAAGCUAGAUGAAAUGUAUUUAGCAGGUUUAGUUUCUCAUAGUGAUUUAGACGAGAGAGCAAUUGAUGCAUUGAGGGAAUUCAAUGAAGAGGGUGCAUUGUCAGUACUACAACAGUUUAAGGAAAGUGAUCUUUCCCAUGUUCAGAAUAAAAGUGCCUUUCUAUGUGGAGUAAUGAAGACUUACAGACAAAGGGAAAAGCAAGGAUCUAAAGUAACAGAUGCUAAUAAAGGUCCAGAUGAGACAAAAAUUAAGGCCCUCUUGGAAAGAACAGGAUAUACACUUGAUGUCACUACAGGGCAGAGGAAAUAUGGUGGUCCUCCUCCACCUACGACGCAUUCAGGUCCUCAACCUAACAUUGGUACUGAGAUAUUUGUAGGCAAAAUACCACGGGAUCUCUUCGAAGAUGAACUUGUCCCUCUGUUUGAGAAAGCUGGUCCAAUAUGGGAUUUGCGUCUGAUGAUGGAUCCUCUAACUGGCUUAAAUCGAGGGUAUGCUUUUGUGACCUUUUGCUCCAAAGAAGCAGCACAGGAAGCAGUCAAAUUGUGUGAUAACCAUGAAAUUCGGCCUGGUAAACACAUUGGUGUUUGCAUUUCUGUGGCAAACAACAGACUUUUCGUUGGAUCCAUUCCAAAAAGCAAGACAAAGGAGCAGAUUAUGGAAGAAUUUGGUAAAGUUACAGAGGGACUCACAGAUGUGAUACUGUAUCACCAACCAGAUGACAAGAAGAAGAAUAGGGGUUUCUGUUUCUUGGAAUUUGAAGAUCAUAAGUCUGCUGCCCAGGCCAGACGCAGACUUAUGAGUGGAAAAGUGAAAGUCUGGGGCAAUGUUGUAACAGUGGAAUGGGCAGAUCCUAUUGAGGAUCCUGAUCCAGAGGUCAUGUCAAAGGUAAAGGUGUUAUUUGUUCGUAACUUGGCCAGUUCAGUAACAGAAGAAUUACUAGAAAAAACCUUCAGCCAGUUUGGCAAGUUGGAACGGGUAAAGAAGCUGAAAGAUUAUGCAUUCAUUCACUUUGAUGAAAGAGAUGGUGCAGUUAAGGCCAUGGAUGAAAUGAAUGGGAAGUAUUUAGAGGGUGAAAAUAUUGAAAUUGUUCUUGCUAAACCACCAGACAAGAAGAAAAAGGAACGGCAGGCACAAAGACAGGCUGCUCGAUCUCAACCGUAUGAGGAUUAUUACUACUACCCUCCUCCUCGCAUGCCCCCUCCGACACGAGGCAGAGGACGUGGAGCCAGAGGAGGUUACAGCUAUCCUCUAGAUUACUAUAGUUAUGAAGAUUAUGAUUAUUAUUGCUAUGAUUACCAUGAUUAUCGUGGAGGAUAUGAAGAUCCAUACUAUGGCUAUGAUGAUUAUCAGACAACUACUAGAGGAAGAGGUGGCAGAAGUGGAAGAGGUGCCCCUCUUGCCAGGGUUCGUGGAGUUCCCCAACCACGUGGAAGAUCUGGAUUCACACCGCGUGGUCAAAUGGCAGGGAGAGGUGCUCGUGGUGCAAGAGGGGGUGCCCAGGUGCAGCAGAGAGGCCGCGGGGUACGUGGUGUGAGGGGUGGCCGCGGUGGAAAUGUAGGAGGCAAACGAAAAGCUGAUGGGUACAACCAGCCAGAUUCGAAGCGGCGCCAGACCAAUAAUCAGAACUGGGGCUCCCAACCUAUUGCUCAGCAACCGCUCCAAGGUGGUGAUUAUUCUGCAGGAAAACGAGGUCGAGGCCGGUCCUGACCUGUUUUGAUGACGACUGACUUACUAUGUGGAGGUUACACUGGAAGCUGCUAAUGGAGAUGAUGGUAAGAUUCCAGACCAUGACGCCAAAUGGAGAGCGGGAACAGCCAAGGAAAUGAAGAGCUUCAAAUCUAAACAUAUAUGGACUAUAAUUUUUAAAUUUUGUAUAGCCAAUGUACCUUUUUGUAAUGUACAGAGGUAGUGGUGGGUGAUGACGUUGGAAGUUUGAGAAGCAAUUUCAUAAUGUUCAUAGGAUUCACAUGAUGCCAGACUGCUCAGAAGACUUAAAACUGUGCACAAUCACAUUCAAGCUCAACUGAUUGUAGUACUAUAUUGUUAUUGCUCAUCACUACCUCAAACAUUCUGUAAGUCAUUAUUCUGAAGAAGCGAACUACUUGCAGAUGGAAGUGUAAUCGCCAAAAUAUCAGGUAGUCGAGCAUUCCAGAAAAAUGGUUCUUUUCUGAACCCAUCUUUUUUUUAAAGAAAGGGUUGGUUGACUACCUCAGUAGCCGAGGAUUAAACUACCCUGUGUACUGUAAAUAGAGAACUGUAAGACAAAAACAAGGCUUGUUUGCUACAUUUGUCCACAAAGGAAAAGGACCCUUUUGUAUCUUAUUUCUAGUCUGGAUUUUCUUUUGUUAACUCUGGCUAAUGUGGGGUGUAUGAAGUUAUUGUUUGACCCUUUCAUUCUUACAAAUGACCAGAAACAAGUCUUGCUUUUGUCUCUAUUAAACUGAAAUUGCUGUCUUGCCUUUUCAGAUAUUAUAGUUAGCCUUAGGUUGUAUGAUAGUUGAAAGGAGAUGUUACUUUUGUAAGUAAUAAGAUGUUGAGAAUUGAAAAUUCAAUUUGACUGCAAACUAUAAAUUCUGAAAUAAAGUACAAUAUCCCUUUUGAUGGUUUUGUGUAGGUUAGUCCUAAUUGCACAUAUCUUUGUGUUCUAAUGAAGUUGAUGUAAAUUGCAUUCUCCAAUCCACUUUUUGGAUUUGAUGUAAAACUGAACUAAGCACACAUUGUUUAUAAGGUAUCCUUCGAAGUGGCACCUUCUUGCUUUGUAUGUCUCAAGUGUCCAAACUGCAUUUCCUAGAAAUUUUUCAAUUUCUAUUCCUUGGUUCCUAAAAUUGUAUAAUGCCAUGCCACAUUGGUAUUAACACCAAAUAGAUCAAAAUUUGAUGUUUAUCUUCAAAACUAGAUGCAAAUCUACAGCCAAUGUUGCAAAUUGAAAAUUAUAACUAUUUACUAGUGUUAGAAGUUGAUGGAUAAAUUAGGGUGUUUCCUUUCAGCAUAUUUAAAAGGGGUGAACAAGUUGAAAGACUUAAGAAUAUCACGCUAUCAUACUUUUAGAACAUUUAAUUUUCUUGAACCUGUAGCAAGCUACUAGGAUAUGUUUUUAGUAAGUGUUCAUAAUUCAUAGUACUACUUCUGUAGUCUUCCCUUAGUCCAUUUGCAUUUAAUAAAUUUGUAAAAAAAAGUUGUACUAUAAGAUUUUAAAUUGGAUAGCUGGGUUAACACUAUUACAGGUGUUAAUUUGGGUGGGUGACAAUAGGUGCAGGAGUAGGCCAUUCUGCCCUUUGAGUCUGCACCACCGUUCAGUAUGAUCAUGGCUGAUCAUCCUUAAUCAGUAUCCUGUUCCUGCCUUAUCUCCAUUACCCUUGAUUCCACUAUCCUUGAGAGCUCUAUCCAACUCUUUCUUAUAUGAAUCCAGAAACUGGGCCUCCACAGCCCUCUGGGGCAGGGCAUUCCACACAGCCACCACUCUCUGGGUGAAGAGAUUUCUCCUCAUCUCUUUCCUGGAUUUGGUUUUGAAUAUACUAUAGUGUUAUAGUGUCAAGUUUUUAAUUCCAGUUUGAAUAUUUGACAUGUAACCUAAAGUAAUAGUAAAAUAGUAUUAAAAACUGAGGUUGUCUCAAGUUACUGAACCACAGAAGGUUCCAGUUUAAUCUGUAUUCAGUUCUGGGUUAGUUGAUUUCAGUUGGAGGUACAGUUGUUCUUGCUAUGCCCCUAAAUUAAGGAUAGAAAAUAAGUCAAAAACUUGCCUUGCUACCCCAGCAAUUUUGUUGGGAAGUGCACGAAUCUCUCUCUGUUUAAAAGGAAUAUUAGCAUUUCACACGAAGGUUCCCUGCAUGAAUACUUAUCACGCAUUUAAGAUGAAGAUUACAGAUUUGCACCCAAAGGGAUUGAUGUAGAGGAUGAGAAAACUUUUUAGGUGUAGAUUUUUAAAAUAACAUCCUUACCACAAAAAUCAGAUAUUUGUGAAAGGUUGUAUUUGAUAUUGGUCCUACCAUGUCUAUAAUGAUCAGUACUGUUGCAUUUUACCCAGAGCAGUGCUUGUCUGUAUUCCAAUCUGUUUCAAAAUGUAAUGCUUGUACCCCUUAAAUUAAGUUGAUUUCAGUUGGAGGUACAGUUGUUCUUGCUAUGCCCCUAAAUUAAGGAUAGAUAAUCAUGUUAUCCUGUUGAUAUAUAACAGACAUUGUGGGUUUAAUGUCUUUGUUUUGGUAGUGAAGCUGUGUGGGGUGCAAGGAUGUACCAGUAAUUGCAUGGUCAUGUGAGCAUGGUUUCCUACCUUAAAUAUUUGUCCAUGUUUUCUGUAAACUUAAUUGUGGAUCAGGCUUAAAUGGAUACAGGCCAAGAAAAUUGAACAAAUAUCUAGGUCAAGAUGAGGAAUAGAAGGCUAAGAUAUGUGAAAGUUUUAAAAUUUAAAUCUCUCAUUAAAAAGGGAUAUUGUAACUUUGAAAUAUAUACCAUACUUUGCAAAUAGACGAAAGAUUAAAACAUGAAUGCAACUAAAGAAAACAUCGAGGAAAAAGUUGCUGGUUUUCUGUUUAGUGUGAUUUCAAUUUAAAACUAUCUGAUCAAUCAUUGCUUUCAUCCACUCAUAGAAACUGGAGAUGUUACUUGCCCUUUUUAAGGAACUUACUGCUAAAUACAGCAAGAUUUCAUUGGCAUUGACCAUCAUUGUUCAUUCCUGCAGAUAAACAUUGUUUUAUACUGUAAGCUGGAGGUGAGUGUAACUUAUUUUUGUAAUAAAGAUUUUGAUUUUUAA